AUGGUGUCGCAAACGAAUGCGAAAUUUUGGAAUUUACGAGGCUCAAAUAAAAAUUGUUUAAAUGUUUUUCUAUCCAUCGCUCACGCACAUAUACGCACGCAAACAUACGCACACGCACAUAUUUAUGUACACGCAUGCCAAUGUACUCAACGUGAUUCCCACACACAUGGGCUCGGCUCGGCAGUACCACUGGGCCUCAAGUGUCACACACCAAUACAACGGCCGCAACAGCAGCAACAAUCCACACCCAUGAUGAUGAUGAGCGGAAGUCAAAGAAUGUUAACAACACUGGCUGCGGCACUGAAAGCAACAACUUCCGGUGCGACAACAAACGACAAUGGCACCGGCAACUCGAACGUCGUGGCGUCAACCACUCCGAGGCCAACAGCAAUAACAGAAGCAACAAUGGUGGCCUCAGCAGCUUUGGCUUUGGCAGCGGACGGCGUAAGAGCCGCUUCAGUGCCGUCCAGGGAGGUGUUGUGUGGUGGCGCGGGAGGAGUGGCCUGCGGUGAAAUAAACGGAAAUCCGACAACACCGACCGCAUCGGCGGCGACAUCGACAUCGGCAUCGGCAUCGGCAUCGGCAUCGGCAACAUCGGCAUCAACGACAUUUUACACAAAUGUCAUGGGAAAUUGCAAUAGCCACAAAAAUAAUGGCAAUUCCAUGAAUGAUAACAAGUGCUACAACAACAACAACAGCAACUGUAACAAAAUGAGCAAUUCCGGCAAUGGCGGUCAGAAGCAGCAGCAGGAGCAGCCACAUCAACCAAUGGAGUUGAAUAUAUCAGUAGCCGGGCCGAUUGCGAGUCCGGGUACGGGGCGGCCGCCGCCACCCUUGGGUCCCGCCUCCCUGUUCUGCGGCAAUGGCACAGCAAUGGAUGAUUUCAACUUGAGUAUUGCUGCCGGUGGCGACGGUGGGCUUGGGGGGGGAGGCGGCCACUGUAAUGACGGCUGCAACACGGCUGCCAUGUAUUCCACAAAUACCAACAACAACAACAGCAACAACAAUUGUAUUGACCACAACGGCAAUAGUAACCUAACUAAUUGCCUGAAUGGCAACAAUGGCAGCACAAACAAUGCCAACAACAACAGCAGUAUGUUUGUCACUAUGCAGUCGCAUGGCUCACUCCUGCAAAAGCAACAACAACAACAACAACAACAACAACACAUACAAAUGCAUUUCGACACGCACUCGCAUACACAAUUUCCAAUCGAGGGCAACUCGCCGCCUUGCAACUCGACGCCCCCCCACGCUGGCACCAAAUGUGACUCCGCGGCCGCUGUUGCACUCGGGCUCCCUAUGGCGUUGCCAUUAUCAUUGUCCCUGCAUUUGCCGAUGUCCUCGUCAGCCUUGACUUGCCGCACCGCCGCGGCAUCAGACGCAACGCAGUGUGCCUAUUGUUGUCAGCCAAUUUGUGAUCGUUACAUAAUGCGAGUCGUGGACACUUCAUUUCACGAGGGAUGCCUCAAGUGCGCCACCUGCGCCCUGCACUUGCUCCACUCCUGUUAUGCGCGCGAUGGCAAACUUUAUUGUCGCAUAGACUAUGAAAGACAAUUUCUGCGCAAUCGAUGCCUCGGCUGUGGUCACAGAAUCGCCUCUGAUGAGCUGGUUAUGCGAACUUUUGACAGCGUUUUCCAUUUGAAAUGUUUUGCCUGCGUAGUAUGCGGCGGCAUCUUGAAGAAGGGAGAGCAGUAUGUGGUGAAGCAGGGUCAACUAUUCUGCCGUUUGGAUUAUGAAAAGGAGGUGGAAAUGCUGCAGGGUUAUGAUUUUUAUGGCGACGACUUAUUUACGCCGAAAUUGGAUGGACGACGUGGUCCUAAGCGACCCCGCACCAUUCUGAAUACACAGCAGAGAAGGGCUUUCAAAGCAUCUUUUGAGUUAUCGCCAAAACCAUGUCGAAAAGUAAGAGAGAAUUUAGCAAAGGAGACUGGAUUAAGUUUAAGAAUUGUACAGGUUUGGUUUCAAAAUCAGCGUGCCAAGGUGAAAAAAAUCCAAAAGAAGGCGAAGCAGGAACACUCGAAAGGAGCUAGCGACUCACAAGAUUCUCAAGAAUCGGACAGUAGCAAUUUGGCGAAGAUUAAAGACGAAGCUCACAGUGACAGUGAAUCGCUGCUGGAUUCGCCGUUUUCCGCUUGCAUUGGCAGCGGAGGCAGUGGUGGGGGUGGCAGUGGUGGGGGUGGCAGUGGCGUUGGCGUUGGCGUUGGCGGUGUAUCCUCCUGUGCAGAUGGCGCUGUAAAAAUGCGCUCUAUCAAAGAUGAAAAUGAGAAUACGUCAUUUAAUUGCAUGGAAACCAAUAAAGAAAACUGCAACAAGAUGAACGAGCCUUUCCUGAGUACCGUACUCGGAUUGAGCUACUCCACAUUUCAACAGUUAAUGGGGCCACUCACACAGUCGCCAAUGGUCAAUCCCAUCGAUCGGCUCUACAGCAUGCAGAAUUCAUACUUUCGGCCGGAAGAACUGGGCUACAGCGGUUGCUCUAAGGACUUGGUUGAGCCUUAAAAAGAAAAGAAAAUUCGCAAAAAAAAAUCGU